AUGAAUGGUACUAUUUCAGAGCGAGAUGACUUCAAUUUUAAUGGUAUGUUCCACACGUGUAUAUAUAGUUUCAACUGGAAUAUAGAUGAACACAGAUCUGAAUCUGAUCAAAAAUUUACAUUUCUUUGUAGUAAUUAUUUUAAUGAUGUAAUCAAAGGUGUUGGUUCACCAACUAUUUUUUCUAAAUGGUGUCGAGUUCUUUGUAUGUAUUUAGAACAUAUAGAAAGUUCUAAACGUAAUAAUGCGCAAGAAUGUUGUAAAUUAUUCUAUUAUAAACUGGAAAAAGAUAUAAUUGAUAAAUUUGCAAAAGAAAAAAAUAUUAACGCUAAGGAAUGCUAUCAGAAAAUGAUAGAUUAUAAACGAGAGAACAUUAAUACAACCAUAUCUGAGAUAUGUAAAAAUUAUUCUGAACAUAUUGAUCAAGAUACAUUUACAGUAUUGGGAUAUCUGUUUGAAAUAUAUGAAUACAUUGAUAUUUUUAAAGAAAUGAAAAGAAGUGACACUCAAAAGAUGAACGCUUUCCAGGAGAAAAUUUUUAAUUUAGCAAAUUAUCCUUAUAAUAAUAAGAGCCUACUUAAGGAAGAACUGGAAAAAAUUAUUGAUAUAUGUAAAGGCUAUAAAAUAAGGUGGACAGUACAUCCUUAUAAUUAUGCCGCAGAUCGCAUAACUGACAGUUGGAUAAAUAAAAUAAGAGGUAAAUUCGAUGAGGAAGUCGAAAAAAGGAGUAUUGAGCAUGAAAAGAAUAUUCCUGGAAUAAAUGUAAUAGAACCUCAUGCUUUAAUGAACACUGGUACAGAUGUUGUAUCAAACACAGGAAUAGGUAUAGGAAUGGUUUUUAUAAGUUUUUCAAUAUUAAUUAUUAUGAUUAUUUUAUAUAAGUAUACCCCUUAUUUUUCAUUUUUACAACCAAGAUUAAGGAAAUUAAGAAUAACGUUUAAUAAAAAUAAAAAAUAUAUUCCGGACUUUAUGUAUUCAUUUGAUGUUAAAUACAAAAAUUCAGUGGAACAUAGUCAUAAAAUAGCAUAUAAUUAA